AUGGCUCUCUCCGCUGCCGAGCUGCAGAAGAGGCACCAGCUUGAGGGUGCACCCGACCCGUUCCCGUCGCUUGGUGGCGCGCCUGCCCCGCCCCGCCCCAAGUCGUCUACCCCCGUCCCGGCGUCCGGUUCGAACGACCUCGACACGUCCGAGGAUGCAUUCCCCUCGCUUGCCCCCUCGGCCUCCAAGGCGCGGCCCGCUCUGUCUGCCUGGUCCAAGGCUCCUGCGAUCAAGCCCAGCGUCAAGAAGCCCAUGGCUCCCGGCGGUCUUGGCCGCGUCGGCCACGCGACCGCCGGCUCCCACCCGUUCACCGAGUCGUUUACUAUCCCAGCCAACGAGCUCGCUACGGGCAAGGCCGUCACUGAGACGAUGAAGAAGGUUGCCGAUCAGACUGGCGCUGUUGUCGAGAGCUCGACGCAGAUGUCGACCGGCCUGAAGCAGUUCCACAUCAAGGCGGCUGACCCGAAGCGUCUUGCGCUUGCGCGCCAGAUCAUCGAGCGCGGCCUCAGCAAGCCCGUCACUCUCGAGGUCGAGAUCCCCAUCUCGACUAUUGGUACGAUUGUCGGUCCCAAGGGCGCUACGCUCAAGGGCAUUACGGACGAGACUGGUACCAAGAUCGACAUUCCGCGUCGCGACACCCUCCCCGAGUGGGACGCCCGCACGGCCCGCGAGACCCGUGAGGCUGCUGGCGAAGAGUAUGACUCGGACGACGAGCCCGAGGAGCCUCAGGUCACGAUCACGAUUGCUGGCACCGGUGCGGCGGCCAAGGAGGCCAAGGCCAAGCUCCUUGGCCUCAUCUCGCACCGCAUCUCGCAGGGCUCGGCUUCUAUCAAGAACAUCCCGUCCAAGUACUACCCGUUCAUCAACGGCCCGCGUGGCGCCAACGCCCGCCGCCUCGAGCAGGAGGUCGGCGAGGGUGAGGUCAAGAUCCACGUUCCCCCUCCCGCUGUCUGGCGCGCCAUCCAGGACGAUGAGGACGAGGACGCCGCUCCCAAGAACGUCUCGAUCAAGGUCAAGGGUGACAAGGAGAAGGUCAAGGCCAUCGUCGCUGCCAUCAACCGCCAGUACGAGGACCUUGUUGGCACGCUCAAGGAGUUUGGUAUUGUGGUUCCCAAGCGCCAGCACCUCUACCUCAUCGGCGAGGCUGCCGACGACAUUCUCGAGAAGACUGGCUGCAUCAUCGACCUCCCGCCUGCAUCUGACCCGAACGAGCAGGUCAUGAUGCGGGGGCCCCAGUCUGGCCUUCUCAAGGCCAUCGAGCUCGCAAUGUCGAAGGCCGAAGCUGUUGCUGUCGAGACCGUCGACGUUGUCGCCAUCUCGCGCGUCAACACCAACGACCCCGUCCCGCACGCCAAGAAGGUUGCCCGCUUCCUCCAGCGUUCGUCGCGCCUCAGGGGCAUCGGUAACAAGUAUGACCAGGUCAAGGUUUUCGCUCCCAAGAGCGAGAUCAUGGAGUCGACUGGCAAGGUUGUCAUUGACAUUGUUGGCGAGAACAAGGACGAGGUCAUCAAGGCCCGUGACGAUGUCCUCGCGGCCGUCAAGGCUGUCCCUCCCGCUGCAAUCACCACCGUCUACGUUGACCCCGCCGUCCACUCGCUCCUGAUUGGCAAGAAGGGUGCCAAGAUUGCCCUGUUCGAGUCGGCCCACUCGGUCACCACCGUCUUCCCGCCCUCGGACUCGGACGACGGCGACGUCGCGGUUGUGUACAACGGUGCGGACCUCCCGGCUGACAAGAAGCAGCGCGACGCGAAGCUCAAGGAGGCGGUUGGGGCUGCGGCUGCCGCCCUCGAGGAGCUCGCCAAGGGCGCCGCCGACGUCAAGACCGAGAACCUCGACGUUGAUAAGAAGUGGCACCGCGCCAUCAUCGGCCAGGGCGGCACCGUUCUGAACGCUCUCAUCGGUGAGGACCAGCUCGUCAACGUCCGUGUCGGCGCCAAGGCCAAGGGUGACGCUGAGGACGUCGUCGUUGUCCGCGGCCCCUCAUCCGAGGUCGACCGUGUCGUUGCCCAGAUCAAGCAGAUUGUUGAGGACGCCAAGAACGACGACAUCAUCAAUGGCUACACUGUCGAGUUUGACGUCGACAAGAAGUACGUGCCCCACCUCGUCGGCCAGGCCGGCUCGGCCAUCAACAAGCUUCGCGAGACUCUCGGCGUCAAGGUCAACUUUGACGACGCUGCAGAGGUCAAAAAGGGCAAGAAGCCCGUUGCGCACUGCAAGAUUGUUGGCCGCAAGGAGGCUGUCGAGGAGGCCAAGCGGCGCAUCCAUGCGCAGAUCGAGAAGCUUGAGGACGAGACCACCGAGACCGUCAAGAUCAAGCGCGAGAUCCAGCCUGCUCUCAUCGGCUCGGGUGGCAAGUACGCGAUCCGCCUCGAGGAGAAGUACGCCGUCAAGCUCUCGUUCCCUCGCGACGGCAAGGACCAGAAGCCUGACGAGGUCAUUAUCCGCGGUGGCAAGAAGGGUGUUGCGGCUGCGAAGGCGGAGCUGCUCGAGGCUGCGGCCUUUGAGGCCGAGUCGCGCCAGUCGGCGUCGUUCACCAUCCCCCAGAAGUCGGUCGCGUUCAUUGUCGGCAAGUCGGGUGCCACCAUCAACGGCAUCAAGGACGACACUGGCGCCCAUAUCGACAUUGACAAGAGCGCUGGCGAGGAUGGCAAGACGACCGUCACUGUCCGCGGCGACAAGAAGGCCAUCACUGCUGCCAAGGCUGCCGUUCUCGAGCUCGUUAAGGAGUUCGGUGACGAGAUCAACGUUACUCUUACCAUCGACCCUAAGUACCACCGUACUCUUAUUGGUCAGGGUGGCCAGAAGCUCCGCGACCUGAUCACGGAGGCUGGUGGUCCGGCCGAGGCAUUCAAGCAGUCGGGCCUUGUCACCUUCCCUAAGCAGGGCGACGACAAGCCUGACCAGGUGCGCCUCCGUGGCGACUCCAAGGUCGUCAACGCGAUCCAGGCGGCGCUCGAGAAGGAGGUCACUCAGCUCAAGAGCACCAUCAUCCGCGGCGUCGCCGUUCCAGCUGCGCAGCACGCGAGCAAGAUUGGCCGCGGUGGCUCGGCGCUUCAGGACCUCCAGCGUCGCACUGGCGCGACGAUCCACUUCCCCGGCUCGCGCCAGUACAACAGCGUCGGCGACAUUGACAACAAGGACGAGCUCUCGUGCGAAGAGGGCGACGUCGUCAAGGUCAUCGGCACUAAGGAGGCCGUGGCCAACGCUGCUGAUGUGCUUACCCAGCCCUCGCCUGAGCGUGGUGCGCCGCGCGGCGGGCGUGGCGGCGGCGACCUCGCCACCCGCACCGUGUCGAUCCCGGCCAAGUACUACCACGCGAUCGCGGAGCAGCCGAACCUGAUGCGCCAGAUCCGCGGUGUCGGCGCGUUCGUGACUCUCCCCAACGCGCCGCCCAAGCCCACGCACGCGCGCGGUGACGACGCCGGCGCCAAGAGCGCGCGAAUCGACCAGGCCGAGGAAGAGGAGUACCAGUGGGAAGUGUGCGAGAACUACUCGAACGCGGCUGAGGGUGACCUUGACUGGCUCAUCCGCGCCAAGGAGGACGACCUUGACCGUGCCGCGGCAGUGCUCGAGCGCGCGCUCGCCGGCGCCCAGGCGGCAACUCACGUUGGCCUCCUCACUGGUCUUCCCCGGUCGGCGUUCCCCCGCGUCAUUGGCGCAAAGGGCGCCACUAUCACCCGCCUCCGUGCCGACACGGGCGCGGACAUUACCGUCGGCAAGGACGACGACCUCAUCACCAUUACUGGAGACGCCAAGAGCGUCGAGCAGGCGCGUGACGCCAUCCUCGAGAUUGUCAACCGUCCCGGCCGUUACUAA